AUGGAGUACUGCGAACUCGGGGAUCUAUCGCUCUUUAUCAAGAAGCGAGACAAGUUGCUCACAAACCCUGCUACGCAUGACUUGGCUCGCAAAUAUCCCAAUGCGCCGAACUCGGGUCUCAACGAGGUUGUCAUCCGGCACUUCCUCAAACAGCUCGCAAGUGCACUCCAGUUCCUACGGGACCAAGCCCUUGUACACCGUGAUGUCAAGCCACAAAAUCUCCUAUUGCUUCCAUCCCCUGAUUAUAGGGACGCUCACAGGGCAACUCGACCUAUUCUUACCGCAAGCAACGACUCUUUAAUACCGGUUGCUGGCUUGCAAUCUCUCCCGAUGCUCAAACUCGCGGAUUUUGGGUUUGCUCGUCAUCUCCCAUCAACAUCACUUGCAGAAACCUUGUGUGGCUCACCACUCUACAUGGCCCCCGAGAUUCUCCGUUACGAGCGCUAUGAUGCGAAGGCCGACUUAUGGUCUGUUGGAACAGUACUUUAUGAGAUGGUAGCGGGCAAGCCCCCUUUCCGAGCUAGUAAUCACGUGGAGCUGCUGCGAAAGAUUGAAGCCGCAGAAGACCAGAUUCGAUUCCCCCGAGAGAGCAUUGUUAGUGCCGACAUGAAAUCAUUGAUCAGAGCACUAUUGAAGAGAAACCCUGUGGAGCGAAUGGGCUUCGAGAAGUUCUUCCAGCAUGGCGUAGUGGUGAAUCCUAUUCCUGGUUUGGUCGAAGAUGAUGUGCCACGGCCUGAGAGACGGCUUUCGAGGGACAUCAGGGUCGCCACCAAGUCAGAUGAGCCAGUCUCACUUCCCCAGAGAGUAUCGUCAUUCCGGCGAUAUCAGACAGACCGCGAUGAAGCCACACCUUCUCCCCGAGAGCGGCCAUCAAGGCCAUCACCCCUCAGUACUCCCACUGAGACGGAUAAACAGCUUGGGGAAGCCUCUCCUCGCUUGGGCUACUCACCACGGCACGAAGCAGGAGAGGGUCUGGGAAUUCGCCGACCACAGGCAAUUCCUUCCACGUCUGCACCAAGUCGACCUGGCAUCUAUGCGGAGCGCCGUCGUGGCCUUUCAAACGCGUCACAGAAGGGUCAUAACCGGGAUCUACCCUCUCCACGCAUUUCUGGCGUGCCAGAUAUAGCACAGCCUCGAGUUCGAUCACAGUCCGAGAAAGUUGUGCCUGAUGAGCAGGAGCGAGCUGCACAGGAUGUCGCCUUUGAGCGAGACUAUGUCGUCGUGGAAAAGAAGCAUGUUGAAGUGAAUGCUCUUGCUGACGAGUUGGCAGCCAACGGGCGCCUAGGCGCGCAAGCCCACUCUCUAUCCCCAAAGUCUGGACAGAUGGUCAGGCGAAUCACUACUCAGGGCGCGCCUGAAUCCACAACGGGAGCUGUGGCACCGACACCAUCUCGUGGCAUGCAAAUUGCACAAGGAAAGCAACGACCAGGUGCUCAUGAUCGACAGCCUUCGCUUGGCGGAAGCCCAGGCUCCACAGCUUCUUUUAUCUCAAAAGCAAUCCAGGACGCAAGUCUCCGAUUACUUGGUAUCAAGUACACGCCUGGCAUCCUUGCUAAAGGACAGUCUCCUCCACAAUUCUACAGCCCGUUUCCCACAUACCCUACACCUUCGACGCCAACAGGACUGAUCGGCGAUGGAAGGCAAGGAGGCCCGGUUGACGAAGACUCCCGUGUCGCCCAGUGCAUCGAGGAUUAUGCAACGCGCAGCGACGUGGUCUACGGAUUUGCCGAGGUCAAAUACAAGCAGCUCAUCCCACUCGCCCCCUCUAUGGAUCAUGGCUUGGGUGGCGUGCCUGCAGAAAGGUUGUCAUCCGAAGAGGAGGAAGAUGUGCUCACAGUUGAAGCAAUUGUAUCGCUGUCAGAAGAGGCUCUCGUUCUUUAUGUGAAAGCGCUAGCCCUUCUGGCUAAGUCAAUGGAUAUUGCCAGUCUCUGGUGGACACGAAAGAGCCGCACGGAAACAACCAGCGGUAGCCACUCUUCUGGUCGAGAGCCUCCGAACCAGGCCUUGGUCCUCAGGAUCAAUUCAGCCGUUCAAUGGAUUCGCGCUCGUUUUAACGAGGUUCUUGAGAAGGCCGAGGUUGUGAGGCUGAAGCUGAUCGAUGCCCAAAAGCGCCUCCCGGAAGAGCACCCCAGCCAUCCGAGCAAUCAUUCGACCGAGCCUACGUCCACGACCAGCUCGGGAGCAGAUGGUGUGUUUCUCACAGCUGGCAUCAGUGCGGAGAGACUGAUGUAUGAUCGGGCUCUUGAAAUGAGCCGGACAGCGGCCAUCAAUGAGAUUGCGAAUGAGGACCUGUCUGGCUGCGAGAUCUCUUAUAUCACUGCUAUCCGAAUGCUCGAAGCCGUCCUUGACAACGACGAAGAUUUGCCUAAGCGGCGGAUUUCCGGGUCUCAAAAGGAUGACCGGGCUCCCGCACGAGAGGAGACCUCCAAUGAGAUGAACGCCGACGACCAACAGGCCGUUCAGAAGAUGAUCCAAAUGAUCACCUCAAGACUCACAACUGUCCGGAAGAAGAUGCAUAUGAUUGCAAAUGCAUCCAAGGUACAGCAGAGAGAGUCUCUUGUACGACGCCGCAGCGGAGAUGUUACACCGCGAAGCGUUCAAUCGCAUGCCUCAUAA